CUUACCGCCCUCUAUUUCUAUGUGCUCUUCUUCCCUCGGUUUCAUCUUUUUUUCUUUUUCUCUUCUUAUUCUUUUUUUUUCUUUUUAUCUUUUUACCCAUUUGGAUCUCGUUGUCAAUCCUACCCUUUUCACAAACCCCUAUUUUUGUGUUCUCCCACUUUCAAUCCAUAGUCACUUCCAUAGCAAAGGAAAUGUGGUAGCUGCUAGGUUUUCGAAUAAAUUGUAAUGGGUGGCGGAGGUCUUGAAACGAAUCGUUUAACAAAUGGGGAAGCUGAGAACGGUCUUCACAAACAGGUUUCUCCAGCUUCUGCUGCACUCGCCAACUCGCUUUCUGAUGCCAAUGAUGCAGUUGCUGACCCUCAUGUUCCUGCCAAGAGGGCCAGGCUGCAGAAGGACUUGACGUUUCAGGAUAUGUAUCAAAAUGAGGGCGUGUUUGAUGAGGAUGACGAGGAGGACAGUGAUUGGGAGCCGUUUCAGUUACACAAGUGUGUUGAUUUUGAAAUCAAAAAGUGGUGCUGCAGAAAUUGUACUAUGAUUAACUUGGAUUGCAAUGACUGUUGCUAUAUAUGUGGGGAGCACAGGGAGUCUAAAAUCCUCAGCCAUGGGUUUUUUGCAUCUCCUUUAGCUCAAGACGAGGAUCUGAUUGAAGUCCAGGGAGAUGUAAAAGGACUGAAAGAUGUUGGCUCACAGAAAUCAGUGGCAAACAGUUCUACAGCGAUUGGCUUUGAUGAGAGAAUGUUGUUGCAUGCAGAAGUUGAUAAGAAAUCAUCUCCACAUCCUGAGAGGCCAGAUCGUCUUCAAGCCAUUGCUGCUAGUCUUGCUAGAGCUGGCAUAUUUCCCGGAAAAUGCUAUGCAAUUCCUGCUAGGGAAAUCACACCAGAAGAACUUAUUGCGGUUCAUUCUUUGGAGCAUAUUGAGUCUGUGGAAGUUACAACUGAAUCACUGUCUAGUUAUUUCACUCCAGACACAUAUGCCAAUCAGCAUUCAGCACUUGCUGCUAGGUUGGCUGCUGGGUUAUGUGCUGAUCUGGCAUCUGCAAUUGUUUCCGGACGUGCAAAAAAUGGAUUCGCUUUGGUUAGGCCUCCUGGUCAUCAUGCUGGUGUAAGACAGGCAAUGGGGUUCUGCCUUCACAAUAAUGCUGCUGUGGCAGCAUUGGCUGCUCAAGCUGCAGGGGCUAGGAAAGUGCUAAUUUUAGAUUGGGAUGUUCAUCAUGGAAACGGGACCCAAGAAAUAUUUGAACAGAACAAAUCAGUCUUGUAUAUAUCAUUGCAUAGACACGAGGGUGGACAAUUUUAUCCUGGUACUGGAGCUGCUGAAGAGGUUGGUAGUAUGGGCGCUGAAGGGUACUGUGUGAAUAUUCCAUGGAGUCGAGGAGGAGUUGGUGACAAUGACUACAAUUUUGCAUUUCAGCAUGUUGUCCUUCCUAUAGCUUCUGAGUUUAAUCCAGAUUUUAUCAUAGUAUCCGCUGGAUUUGAUGCUGCAAGAGGCGAUCCCCUAGGAUGUUGCGAUAUAACUCCCUCUGGCUAUGCACACAUGACGCGUAUGUUGAAUACCCUCUCUGGUGGAAAAUUGCUUGUUAUUCUUGAGGGGGGCUAUAAUCUUCGAUCUAUAUCAUCUUCCGCAACUGCAGUAAUCAAGGUAUUACUGGGUGAGAGUCCUGGAUGUGAACUGGAAAAUAGUUUCCCUUCCAAAGCUGGCCUUCUAACCGUUCUGGAAGUCCUCAAAAUUCAGAUGAAAUUUUGGCUUUCCUUGGGUUCGAUUUUUGUGAAUUUGGAGUCUCAGUGGAGGAUGUACUGUUUCGAAAAAAAAAGAAAACAGAUUAAGAAACGACGCCGAAUUCUGAUUCCAAUGUGGUGGAGGUGGGGACGAAGAAGUUCAUUGUUCUAUUUUAUGAACGGCCAUCUUCAUAAAAAAUCAAAGUGAUUGCGUUGAGCUGAUGAAUUUUGUAAGCACAGGAAAUACGUAGUAGUUAUCAGCAUGUUUUGUAUAUUCUAUCUUCAAUGACAUGAUUUUUCUUUGAUCGUGCAAAGUGCCGAAGGGUGAGAUGAAUCGGAGAAAAAAGAGGGGGAGGACAAGUGUAGAGGAUGAAAUUUCCCAGCUCCUUAUUUGAACAUUGAAUUUUGAUAGUUACCAAAUGGGAAAAAUGAGAAAUUAACACUUUUUGCUCCAACUAAAAAACGAUAAAAACUGAAA